AUGAUUUUGUUGGAUGAUGAAGAUGACCAAAGCUUUCACGCUACGCGUGACGGCUACUCCCAUUUGAGCGAUGUCGAAUGGGAUGCGGUUGAAUGGAUGGAUUCAAUCAUGAGCUUCCAUGCUGUUAGCGUCAUGCUAGAGGCUCUCAAUAGAGAUGCCCAAUAUGCUACUAUCGCCAAGUUCAUUCAAAAUAAACGUGAAGCUGAAUGCGAGAAAGUAGCCUUGCUUCACCAACAAGGUUCUCAACAAGCAGAGUUGUUGAGAGAACAGGGUGCUCAACAGUUUGGACUGUUAAGACAGCAGCAGGCUGCUGCUGGUGGGUCGAUGAUCUCGCGUCGACCCGAGACUUUGAAGAUUGACAGCUCCAAGUAUAGGGGAGUCGAAGAGGACUCCCUCUUGAGAUGGUUUGUUGAGUAG